CGUUAUAGUAUUUAUUUUCUUCACACUAUUUCUCUCUUCACCUUUUCGAAUUUCAAAUUUCAAACUCUCUCCCAUUAAACUCUUAAAUCUUAAUAAGUCUUAAACUCUUAACACUUAAACUUAAGCCAGAGCGCUCUUUGCAGUGUCAAAGUUCCUGUUUUUCCUAAAGCAUUUUCUGAAAACACUUUGCUUUCUAAACACAAAUCCGUUUCCAAGUGAUUUUUACUCAAAUGGGUGCCUCAGGAAAAUGGCUAAAAUCUCUUAUAAGUCUAAAGAAGCUCCAUACAAGUACAACCAACCAUGACAAGGUGGUAGGGGACAAGAGUACCAAGAAGAAAUGGAGGCUAUGGAGGAGCUCAUCAGAGGGUACGAAGAAGGGCAAGGCGUCAGAUUCUUCCAAUGCUGCCAUGGCUGCUGUGGUGAGAGCUCCACCAAAAAAUUUCAUGGUGAUCAAGCAAGAAUGGGCUGCCAUUCGCAUCCAAACCGUGUUUCGAGGCUUCCUGGCAAGACAGGCAUUGAGGGCCUUGAAAGCAGUGGUGAGACUUCAAGCCAUAUUUCGUGGCCGGCAAGUAAGGAAGCAAGCUGCUGUAACUCUAAGAUGCAUGCAGGCUCUUGUUCGGGUUCAGGCUAGAGUAAGGGCACGGAGUGUGAGGAUGUCCCCAGAAGGGCUAGCUGUGCAAAAACUGUUGGAUGAACAUCGCAACCUUGCUGAUCCCAUCAAGCAGGCUGAGCAAGGAUGGUGUGAUAGUCCAGGAACUAUUGAUGAAGUUAGAGAAAAGCUACAACUGAGGCAAAAAGGAGCUGUCAAGAGGGAGAGAGCAAUUGCAUACUCCCGCUCUCAACAGCAAUCAAGAAUGACUGCUAGUCCAAAUACAAGAACCAACAAGCCAGUGACUUCUCUCAAGCAGCAAAGGCUGGAUAUGAACAGCACAGGAUGGAGCUGGUUAGAUCGUUGGAUGGCGGCCAAGCCAUGGGAAAGCAGAUUAAUGGAAGAAUUCCAUACUGAUCUCUCAGACCAGACUCCAUUGUCAAGGAAAAAUGAAUGUCAAGUUGUCAGUUUUCAUUCAUAUUCUUCAGAUUAUGACUCAGUAAAAGUAAAAAGGAACAAUGUCACAACCAGGAUUUCAGCUAAACCUUUUACAGUUGGUCAAAUUAGUAGCUCAUCAUCAUCCACCCCAAGUUCUGAAUCUCUAUAUGAUGAGAGUCAUGAAUCAACUUCAUCCUCAUUUGCAUCUCCAACUCUAAUGUCCAGUGAAACUCUCAUGAAGGAAACAAUAGAGGAGAGGAAUAUCUUUACACCCAGCUACAUGACUCUCACAGAGUCAACCAAGGCUAAGCAAAGAGCUUGCAAGUUUCUUUCACAUAGUAUGCAGAGGAAUUUCAUGGAGGAUUUUCAGUUUCAUAGCAAACCAAUGGUAGUUUCUAAUGGAGAUACAAGAAGCAGUGCUGGUUCUAAUCCUUCAGUUAAUUGGAGCAAAGAUCUGUACCCACCAGUACCAUUGGGUAGGGCUGGUCAGGUAAGAUAUCGUUGGGAGAGUAAGAGUUGCCAUAAGUACUAAGAAGGCAUGGUCAAACUUAAAUGUUUAAUAUAUGGGAGUUCAACAGCCUGUUGCACCUUGCGAUAUUGAAACUGUUUUGAGUAAAAUACAUAAUUGAAUCAAAGUUUAAUGUGGAAGUACCCAAAAAAUCAAAGGAGAAUUGCUUGAGAUAUGAGCAUUUGAAGCAGAGAUAUUCAGAGUGAUUGUGUUCAUGGAAUUGAGUAUGCACUACAAUUUCUGAUGUAGGUUGUUCAAUGAAGAUUGAAUGGCAUUUGUCAUGUUUGUACGACUUUACAGACAAGGUUUGAUUUAUGUAAUUAUCUGGCAUGUACAAGAAAUUAUGACUCCAACCAAUUUCAGGAGAAUUGGAUGUGAUAUGGUUACUUAAAGUAUAGAUAUAGGAGUGAAUAUGUUCAUGGAAGUAGGACUUCACAGACAAGGUUUGAAUACCUUUGUGUUGUGUCUAGGAGUUCAAGUAUUGUUUGUGUAUGUAACUAUGUGGUUUUCAUGUAUAAGUUGCACUAGGAACACAUAAGUUCUGGAAGAAGAGCUGCCUGAGACAGGGUUAUACAAUUUAGUUUGUAUGUUCCAUGAAUAUUUAGGAGUGUUGUAUUGUGCUUAA